AUGCCUGCGCGCAUCUCGCCACCACCCGCAGCUAACCCAAGCAGCGGCCUGACCAAAGAACAGCUCGACUUCUGGAACACAAAUGGCUACCUCCUCAUCCCCGAUGCCCUGAGCCCAGAAACCACAAAAGCCCUGCUCGACGAAGCUUACACCAUGCUCGACAACUUCUCCCUCGACGACCAUCCAAUGACAAAGUUCAGUACCGGCGAGAAGAGCGAUCAUGUCGGUGACGAUUACUUCCUCGACUCUGGCGACAAGGUCCGCUUUUUCUUCGAAGAAGACGCAUUCGACGCCGAAGGCCACCUCACAAAGCCCAAAUCCAAAGCCAUCAACAAGAUCGGACACUACCUCCACGGUCUCUCUCCUCUAUACCGUAGCGCCUCCCUCUCUCCUUCCAACGCCGCAAUCGCAAAAUCGCUCGGAUACACCGACCCACGAAUCCUGCAAUCCAUGAUCAUCUGCAAGCAACCAGAAAUCGGCGGCCGCGUCCCUCCACACCAAGACUCUACCUUCUUAUACACGGAUCCUCCUUCAGCAGUCGGCUUUUGGUAUGCCCUCGAGGACGCAACAGCAGAAAACGGGUGUUUGAGUUUCGCAGCUGGAAGCCAUAAACGUGCUCCCAUUCGCUCUCGCUUCGUCAGGACAUCAGACUCGCCCGACUCUACAGGAACUGGCUUUGCUGAAAACCACGGUUCGCAAUGGCCACAAGGGCUUCAAGAAGAUACCGAAGUCAAGAAAGAAGUAUACGAGCUUGGAGAAGUCAAAGCCGGCACUUUAGUGCUCAUUCAUGGAAACUUGCUGCACAAGAGUGAGAAAAACACGAGUUUGAAGGGCAGAAUGAUCUACACGUUCCACUGUAUCGAGGGUGGAAAUGAGUAUGAUGCAAAGAACUGGUUGCAACCUCCGGAAGAGGGCUUCUCUAAGCUGUUUCAGUCAUGA